UUGAAUGAGGUGCUCAUGCCUAAUCCAUUUGAUAGGCCUCGUGCUGUUUUCAUGCUAGCUGUCAAAGGAACCAAAGGACCAGUGCGCAUGUCAUUAAAAGAUGAAUUCUUGGUGGUUUUAUUGAAUGAACAGUUGAGCGCUAAUGCUGACAUGGAAUUGACUGAAAAGGAAAUCAGUGAUCUUGCAUCUUGGUUGGGUGGAACAUAUGUUGCUAAAGCCUUGAAGCCCAUGACAGAAGAGUUGACUAUCCCCUUGGCAAGUGGUGCCAGUCUAAAUCUUCAUAUGUCAAAGAAAGCAGACAGAGAAUUCAUCGGAAGCCUUGUUUCUCUCAUCUGUAAUAUUAGAAGGGCAAUGCAUAUGCAUCAGGAUUUGUCUGGAAUUAUGAAAAAACCAGCAGAGUUGAUUAGAGGAAGUUUUGAUGGCAUUAAGGUUCUUGAAGAGGGGUAUGGAACUGAAGUGGUACCCGCAAGGAGUGGAGUUACUCUUUACUUCAGUUGCAAAGAUAUUCAACUCCUUUCAAUCCGUGUACGAAGCUGCACAACUAGUACUUAUUCCCACAGCGAAUUUUCGGAAGUUUUGUACCGACAGUUUAGGCUAUAUGUGAGUGUGUAUUACUUUUCUGUACAUGCUAACAAGGGGUAUGGAACUGAAGGUGUUACCAUCAAGGAGUGGAGUUACUCUUUACUUCAGUUGCAAAGAUAUUCAACUCCUUACAAUCCGUGUAUGAAGCCCUCUGCUCGUUGGCUGGAGGAAACAACAGGCUUGCCAAAUUCAAAGGAUGUGGCAGAAGUACUGUUGGUGGUCGGUAGCAUUAAUCCCGUCAUGGUGACUGACCUAUGGCUAUCAUGGAGUAGAAUGCAUCGCAAUAGCAUCUGA